GAAAAGGCUGCGAGGAGCCGGGGGGGGGGGCAGGCACAGGGCAGGCUGCGCGCCCGCACCUCCCCCGAGAGAGAGAGAGACGCGGAGGGGUGGCUGCGUGUCUGUCUGUCUGUCGGGGGCCGAGACACGCGCGCACGCGACUGGCGGCCCGGCCCCGCCGCACGUGAAUCAUCCCGCGCGGCGUGUCCGCCCGGCGCCCCGGCCACAGGCUCGCAGGGAAGGGGGAACCACGCGCCGCGGCGGGAAGAGGGGGGGGGGGCGCGCGCCCGCGCGGUGCCACCCUGCAGCCUCCAGCCCCGGGGCCAUGCCCCGGGCCAGCCGCUGGCGCUCGGGAAGCGUGUGUGGGGGGGGGGGGAUGUGAGGGGACGUUCAAGGAAAUGACACGCUGAGGGACUGUGGAGAUCACACACACACACUCACUCACUCACACACACACACGCGGGCGCGCGCGCGUUGCGGGCGCGCGCGGUCUGUAGACUGGAUUUUGGGGGGACGGAGGGGGAAGCAGCGGCCGGCUUGCCUCGCGCCUGCCGUGAAGGAGUUCCUGGGGCUUCUGCUCCCGCGAGCGGGUUUGUGCAAGGCAGCGGAGCGGGGGCCAGGCAGGACGCCAAGGCACGGAGGAGGAGGAGGAGGAGAGGCGAGAGACAACCCGAAACAUUUGCCGAGGAAAUUCUAAGGUGCGGGGUGAAGACCGGCGGGACUUCCCGAGGAAAGCCCCUCGCAAAGCCAGCGCGGGGAGAAACACCCCCCCUCCCCUUCCCCCACACCCAGCCUGCUAAAAAAUGGAUACCUUGCCUCUCGUUUGGGGAUUUUUAGCUCUGUGCUUGGCUGGAUCCGGAGGGCUGGGCGAAGCAGUUCAGUCAUGUGGGGGUCGUUUGAAUUCAAAGGAUGCUGGUUACAUCACUUCACCUGGAUACCCACAGGACUACCCCUCCCACCAGAACUGCGAGUGGCUCAUUUACGCCCCGGAAGCGAAUCAGAAGAUUAUCCUCAACUUCAACCCUCAUUUUGAAAUUGAGAAACAUGACUGCAAAUAUGACUUUAUCGAGAUACGGGAUGGCGACAGCGAGUCGGCAGACCUGCUGGGCAAACACUGUGGGAACAUCGCUCCUCCAACCAUCAUCUCCUCAGGCUCCUCUCUCUACAUUAAGUUCACCUCUGACUACGCACGGCAAGGCGCUGGUUUUUCUUUGCGCUAUGAGAUCUACAAGACAGGCUCUGAAGACUGUUCUAGAAACUUCACCAGCUCCAAUGGCACUAUUGAGUCCCCCGGAUUCCCUGAUAAGUAUCCCCACAACUUGGACUGCACUUUCACCAUCAUGGCCAAGCCAAAGAUGGAAAUCAUCCUUCAGUUUCUGACCUUUGACCUAGAGCAUGACCCCUUGCAGGUUGGAGAGGGAGAUUGCAAGUAUGAUUGGCUGGACAUCUGGGAUGGUAUUCCUCAAGUUGGCCCUUUGAUAGGCAGGUACUGCGGCACUAAGACACCUUCUGAGAUCCGCUCAGCUACUGGUAUUCUCUCGCUUACCUUCCAUACUGAUCUGGCAGUGGCUAAAGAUGGCUUCUCUGCCCGCUACUACUUGGUCCAGCAGGAGAUCCCGGAAAACUUCCAGUGCAACGUUCCUUUGGGGAUGGAAUCUGGCAGAAUCUCCAAUGAACAGAUCAGUGCCUCCUCCACCUACUCGGACGGAAGGUGGACCCCACAGCAGAGCCGGCUCAACAGUGAUGACAACGGAUGGACCCCCAACCUGGAUUCCAACAAGGAGUUCCUCCAGGUGGACCUUCGUUUCCUGACCAUGUUGACGGCCAUUGCUACCCAGGGUGCCAUCUCCAAAGAAACGCAGAAUGGCUACUAUGUCCGUUCCUACAAGCUGGAAGUCAGCACCAAUGGUGAGGACUGGAUGAUGUACCGGCAUGGUAAAAACCAUAAGGUAUUUCAAGCUAACACUGAUGUCACCGAAGUGGUCCUGAACAAGAUCCACACCCCAGUGCUGACUCGGUUUGUCCGGAUCCGUCCCCAAGUCUGGCACAAUGGGAUUGCUCUCAGACUUGAGCUCUAUGGCUGCCGCAUCACAGAUUCACCCUGCUCCAACAUGCUGGGGAUGCUUUCCGGCCUUAUCUCAGAUUCCCAGAUCUCUGCCUCCUCAAUCAGAGGGUACGACUGGUCCCCUAGCAUGGCCCGGCUGGUCAGCAGCCGCUCUGGAUGGUUCCCACGAAUCCCCCAAGCCCAGCCAGGGGAAGAGUGGCUGCAGGUGGACCUGGGAGUCCCUAAAAAUGUGAAAGGAGUGGUCAUCCAAGGGGCCCGAGGAGGAGACAGCAUCACCAUGGUAGAGGCUCGAUCCUUCGUGAAGAAAUUUAAAGUGGCCUACAGCAUGAAUGGAAAGGAAUGGGAGUAUAUACAAGACACCAAAACCAUGCAACCCAAGCUUUUUGAAGGCAACAUGCAUUAUGACAUCCCUGAAGUCAGAAGGUUUGACCCUGUUCCUGCACAGUACAUCCGGGUUCACCCAGAACGAUGGUCUCCAGCAGGGAUUGGGAUGCGUUUGGAGGUGUUGGGCUGCGAUUGGACAGAUGUAAAGCCCACUUCAGAGACACUGAAGCCCACCUUGAAGAGUGAGGAGACCACCUCUCCAUACCCUACUGAUGAGGAGACGACAGAAUGUGGGGAUGGCUGCGGAGAAGGUGAUGAUGCCCAGCUUCCUGUAGGAUUCAGUUGCAACUUUGACCUCCCUGAAGACCUAUGUGGUUGGUCUAAUGACCCUGCAACAGAUUAUAUGUGGUCUUUCCAUUCUAGAAGCAACUGGUUCAGCAAUUCAGGACCAAGCACUGCGUCCUUACCUGAGAGUAAAAGCUACUUGCGGCUGCAGAGCAGUGGGAGGAGAGUGGACCAGCGCACCCGGCUCAUCAGCCCUGUGAUCUACUUGCCCAGGAGUGCUGUCUGCAUGGUGUUCCAGUACCACGCAUCUGGCGGGAAUGGGAUAAUGCUGCAGGUGUGGCGGGAAGCAAGCCAGGAGAAUAAGCUUUUGUGGAUCAUCUCGGAAGACCAAGGGGAUGAGUGGAAAGAGGGACGGAUCAUUCUGCCAAGCUACAAUAUGGACUAUCAAAUUGUGUUCGAGGGUGUUAUACGCAAAGGACAUUCGGGAGAAAUUGCCAUCGAUGACAUCCGGAUUGGCUCCGAUAUCUCCCUAGAGAAUUGCAUGGAACCCAUCACAGCUUUCCCAGGUGAGAACUUCUACAUUCCAGGGGGCACCCUUCUGCCAGGGAGCGAGCCCACAGUGGACACGGUGUCAGUGCAGCCCAUCCCAGCCUACUGGUAUUACGUUAUGGCCGCCGGAGGUGCUGUUCUGGUGCUGGUCUCCGUCGCGCUGGCCCUUGUGCUCCACUACCACCGGUUCCGCUAUGCGGCCAAGAAGAGUGAUCACGCCAUCACCUACAAAACCUCCCACUAUACCAACGGGGCCCCUUUGGCAGUGGAGCCCACCUUAACAAUAAAACUAGAACAAGACUACAGCUCGCACUGCUGAGAGCCGAACAGGAGCAAGAACAAAACAAACAAAAACAAAAUUUAAGACUUCAAAUACGUUGCCUCGAUUUUUGCACUUUUCUCCUCACCUAGCGUCUGUGUGAACUCUAGACAUCUCUGUCCCUGCCUUUCCCAGCCCUUCCUGUUCUUUUACAACCUCUAAACUAAUGCUGCAGCUUGGAUCGCCAGAAGAGAGAGCCCACCCAUGUCACUUUGAAAGGGAACGCUCCUCUUUAUUAUUUUCAAAGACUGAUUCUCCCAGUAGGCAACCUGUAAGGAAACUUGAUGGCAAGUCGAGAAGCUGGUGUGCGUGCGUGCAUAUGCGUGUGUCUAUAUAAAUAUAUGUAUGUAAGUGUGCACGGGAGUGUGUGAGGCUGACUGAUUGAAUGUAUAUUUAAAAGAGGCCCCUUUUUAACUUGCUUGUAUUGCUUCUGCUUACACAGGGAAUGUGUUAUCCCCUGUGGAAGGCCUGGGAUACCAUAUGCGAUAAAUAUACUGAUUUGUUUACUUGGGGAAGAGAACAAUGCUUUUUGUUGCCUUAUCUAGCUUUGGCUGGAUUUAUAUUUCAUAUUGUAACAUCAGCGGGUGCAUAAUGAAAAGAACAGGCCAUGCUGGACAGUCCAAAAGACCUCCUUGGAUGGUGGGAAGGAUCCAGAGAGGUUCAUCGCCAUUCAAAAUUAAGACCUGUCUUAUUAUUUCUUCAGCCAGCAUAACAUAGCCAUUGUUUGGUAGCGGAAACCACCUCCCACCCCACCCCUGUCCAGAAGUGAAUCUAUUUCAAGUUGCCUUAUAACAGAGAAGCUCAUAAAGAAUGUUUAGUUUAUAUCUGUUAAACCCAGUUUUGGAGUAAUGUGUAGACUUAAAGCAGAUCUAAGGUGGAUGUUACAUACUGUAGUUUCUUGAAUCUGAGGUUUAUUUAUUUUUUAAGGAACCUCACUCCCGAUGCUGAUGUUUUUAUAUUUAUCUUUUUGCAGGGGAAGUGGGAAUCCUCUUCCUUGUCAUUUUACUAGAAAUUUACAAAAGACGAGUCUAAUUUACCUUGUUUUCUCUGCCCAAGUUUGUAGCUCCUGGAUCAUAAAAUGGCUAAUUGACUUUAUAGAAUGUCAAUUAGUUUUGCAUUUGCUAAUGUUCUGCUUCUUAGAGCAUCAAACAAAACACUAGCAGACAGGCCUGGUGAAAUCCAGAUAUUGCUGCAUCUUUAACUAAGGAGAAAUAAUGGAAACCAAGAUAAGCCUCCACUUAUUGAUUGGCUCUGAAGUAAUGCAGUGAAAAUGCCUUAUAUAAAUUACCAAGCGAUGACAGGCAAAGGUGGUUUGAAUCAUUAAGUCUGAUCUAUUUGUGCAGAACGCGCCUCCAUGGAACAAAGUUCAGGCUUUUUCAUGUUCGGUUGUGGCAAGUGAUCAGAUUCCCCCCAUUAAGACCAUGAGCCAUCCUUUCUGCUCUCUGCCCCCAGAAAAAAUGAUAACAGUUCUGCUAACUGUUUGCAGUCUUGCUCAUUCUAUCAGAUCAGGAAAGUGUGUCUUGCACAUGCAGGGUUGGCACGUAUCAUGACAGAGACCAGGGCUGCUUGAGUCUUAGCCAAUCCCCAAUGGCGCACGUUCAUGGGGAUGUCACUCUUGUUCUCUCUUUCCCAGCCUUAGUCAGUAGCAUGCUUCAAUGCAUGUGGCAGUUUACUCUGCCGAUUUCGGAGAUGCCCGCUUAGUUGGUAACAUCACACAGUGCUGCUUUAGUAGGGAGAUAGUUUUUAAAGUGCACAACAUCUAAAACUGAUUUUCCGCAUUGAGAUGUGUGGUGGUGGAUACAUCUAGAAAGAGAGAGAUGUGCAGAGUAAACACAUAUCUGGGAUUUCAAGCCUGGGGGCCAGGGGACUAAGUGCCUUCAACUCCUAUUGAAGUCAGGAGGCACUGAGGGGCAUCCAUCCCCUCUCAGGAUGCGUUCAGUACCACGUGAGCCCUAGGAGAGCUUCUUCCAGCAUGAAAGUCAUUUAUUAGUGAGCAUCUUCAUUAUGUAGCACUGGCAGGAUCGAACAUAUCACUUCUGCUAUGACAUCCCCAACGCUAAGUUAUCAUAGAUAACAAUGGACAUAAAAUAUUGAAAGACUGUUGCUGCGUUUUCAGAUCAAACCUACAGUUUUCAAUAGGGUAGGGAAGCCUCUAGUAAUAUUUCUGAAGUUGGUACGACAUCCCUGUGUAAAAUUCUCCUCUUGGCUACACCAAGGCAAGCCUGCCGUGAGGGAGAGUGCUUUGAUGUAUCUGAGAGGAGAAUUUGAGGGCCAGUGUUAAAAAUAAAAAUCACCAAAGAUGAUGACAACAAAAAUCACUUAAAGAUUUUUACUCCCAAUUCUCCCCUUCCAAGAACUGUGACAUCCCCAGCAUUGCGCAGUUGCCUGUGUGUGAAAAUAUCUUGUGGAAAUUUGAAACUCUUCAAAGAUGUAUUGUGUGGAAUGUAAUAAAAGGAUGAUAUUUUUAUACAAA